CCCUAAUCUCCCUCCCUUUCAUCCUUCGGUCUCUCUCUAUUUCUCUCUCUAGGGUUUUCAAAUCCCCAAACUGCACACACUCGAACAAACUAAAUCCCUGCAAUCAAACUUCUUUCAAUCAAAGAUUAUGGCGGUGCAACUGACGGAAGGCGCAAUAGAGAUGCUAUCUUCUGGGAAAUGGCAACCGGCGGACGUGAAACCUGUGCUUCAGGUGAUAGAACUUCGGGCUGUUCCGUCACAGACUUCUUCUGCUGUAAGUGGAGGAGAAAAACAGGAGAGAUACCGGCUUAUGCUAUCUGAUGGCUUGUUUUUUCAGCAAGCGAUGCUUGCUACUCAGCGGAAUGAGUUGGUUAAAUCUCAGCAGAUGCAGAGGGGUUCUGUUGUUCAGUUGAAGGAGUAUGUCUGUAAUUUCAUCCGUGAUCGACCCAUUUUAAUAGUCAUCAACCUUGAUGUGAUUAUGGCAACUUGUGAUCUUAUCGGUGAUGCAAAACCAUUUCCACCUAGGUCUGGCAAUGAGCCUCCUAUAUCAAGGUCUCCCUCACCUAUGCAACCCUCCAAUCAGCCAGCAACAAGCAUGGGUAGUCCUCAAACCUUCAUGGGUGGCUCUGUUCCACGACCUGCAAAUUCCCCAAUUUACCCUCCUCAACAGGAUCAUAAUACAAGUUUACACUCUUAUGGUAACCCUUUGAGUACCCAUUCUGUUGCUGCUGUUUCACAUCCACCUACAAACAGUUAUGUGCGCCCAAUCCAACCAACAUAUAACCAACCGCCUCCAAUGUAUGCAAACAGGGGACCCGUGGCUAAAAACGAAGCUCCAGCUAGGAUUAUCCCCAUUGCUGCUUUGAACCCUUAUCAAGGUAGGUGGACUAUAAAAGCCAGAGUGACUUCAAAAGCAGAACUCAGACGUUACAACAAUGCAAAAGGAGAUGGAAAAGUUUUUUCCUUUGACCUUCUUGACUCUGAUGGUGGUGAAAUACGUGUCACAUGCUUCAAUGCUGUAGCUGAUCAAUUCUAUGACCAAAUUGAAAUCGGUAAAGUUUACUUCAUUUCAAAAGGCAGUGUAAAACCUGCUGCAAAAGCUUUUAAUCAUUUAAAAAACGACCAUGAGAUCUUACUUGACACCACAUCAACCAUUCAACCUUGCUUUGAUGAUGACAAUUCCAUUCCACAGCAACAGUUUCAUUUCCAUUCCAUUGCUGAUAUCGAAGGGUUGGAGAACAAUAGUGUGUUGGAUAUUAUUGGUGUGGUUUCCAGUAUUACCCCUACGUCUACCCUAAUGAGAAAAAACGGCACCGAAACUCAAAAAAGAAGUUUACAGCUUAAGGACAUGUCUGGAAGAAGUGUGGAGGUGACUUUAUGGGGUAACUUUUGUUCCACAGAAGGGCAGACACUUCAAAACAUGUGUGAUUCUGGUGUGUUUCCUGUUUUGGCUGUGAAAUCUGCUAGAGUGAGUGAUUUCAAUGGUAAAUCCGUAGGGACAAUAUCCACAAGCCAGCUAUGCAUAGAACCUGAUUUCCCAGAGGCUCGAAAACUUAAAACAUGGUUUGAAAGUGUUGGGAAAAUCACCCCUUCUGUUUCUUUAUCCAGGGAUGCUAUAUCCAGAACAGAUGUGAGAAAAACUAUCUCACAAAUCAAAGAUGAAAAACUGGGGACAUCUGAAAAACCAGACUGGAUCACAGUGAAUGGGACUAUAUGGCAUUUGAGAGUUGAAAACUUUUGUUACACAGCGUGUCCGAUCAUGAAUGGUGAUCGACAAUGCAGUAAAAAAGUUACAAGGAAUGAAGAAGGGAUAUGGAAAUGUGAUAAGUGUGAUAAGAUUGUUGAUGAGUGUGAAUACAGAUAUAUCCUUCAGUUUCAAAUACAAGAUCAUACCGGGUCAACUUGGGUAACUGCUUUUCAAGAAAGUGGUGAGGAAAUAAUGGGGGUUUCUGCUAAAGAUUUGUAUUACAUGAAAAAUGAAGAACAAGAUGAGGAGGAGUUUACUAAAGCUGUCCGGAAGGUUCUGUUUAGUAGAUAUAACUUUAAGUUGAAAGUGAAGGAAGAGACUUUCAGCGAUGAACAGCGUGUGAAGUCCACUGUUGUGAAAGCCGAGAAGAUAAAAAAUCUUUCAUCCGAGACAACGUUUUUGCUUGAUUUACUUAAAAAAGAGGACAUGGUUUCUGUUGGAAUAGGACAGCCAAAGGUGGAAAUGGCGAUUCCUUCAUAUGGUGGAAAUGGAAUCAGAGAUUCCGGAGGUCUUAGUGGAGUAGGUCAAUAUGGGAAUCAAUAUGGUGGUGGUGGUUCUUCUUCUAGUUCUAGGGUUGGUAGUAGCUGCAAUAGCUGUGGUGGUGUGGGGCAUAACUAUGCAAACUGUCCAAGUGGAUAUAAUAGUCAAGGAGGAAGGUUUAAUAGUGUGGUUUCUGGAGGUGGAAAUAGUCAUGCACCUUCACCUUCAGCUUAUGGUGGUGGGACAAGUGGCGGAUCUAAUUUCCCCAGGAAGAUAUGGGGGCGCGUCUGGGCAAUAUGUUGGUGGUUAUUGACUUUAAGAGGUUCUUGUAGCAAUAAAGGUUUUUGGUCUGGUGUUAAUGUUGAAGUAACAGAGGAGACUUGCUUUCUCAGUUUUGUUAAUUUUGUUUUCAAGUGGUAUGGAGUAUGAACUAGGUAAGGUUGGAUAAUUAGACAUGUUUAUUUUUUACUAGUGGCUUUUUUCCUUGUGUUAAGAGCAUGGCAGUUGUGUAUAUAAGACUGUUUACGUCUUGUAAAUUUUGGUAUGUAUUUAUUUUCUGCUACUUUUUAUGAUACGGUGAAUGGUGAUCUGGUAC